AUGCAUUUCGGCGCAAGUCAUCAAGAGCAGCAGACACCAAUGCUCCAGCAGAUUCAACCGGUAGAUCCACCCCCCAACUCUGUAAGUUCAAAGAAGUCCACCGGAAAGGCAAGCAGUAACCGGAGCAAUCAACGGAAGGUCGAUCGACUAUUGCAGAAGCUGGAAGAGCAGAAGCAGUUGGAACAAAAGUUUUUGGAUGAAAAAUACCGCAUUUUGGAUGAAGAGGACGCUGACGAUGAAACUGUCGCCAGUGAUGAUGAUGUAGGAUCCGAGGAGAUGUCCAAAGUGAGAGGAUGGCUGAGAGAUACGGAAAAGUGUGGUGAAGAUUCUGAUUCCGGUCUGGUGGAAGAAGAGUUGAACGAUGAUCAACUGCAAGCUGUCAUUCAGUUGGCACCGACUAUGGGGCAGACGGAACCGCAAUCAUCUCUACAUGGUUUCGUUCCUAACCAACGUUCAACGCCUCAAGAGACCGUUCGUAUGGAUCCGAGGUUGAGGAGCCGUGUAAUGCAACCUUCCGUUCCAGCACCGAUCCCUGAAAGCCUGUUCCGCCGACCACCGGCACCAGUUCCAGAGGAGCCAUUUCGUCAGCCUGUUGUUCCAGAUACCCAGUUCCGUCAACCACCAGCCACAGCUCCAGGAGUCCUGUUCCGUCAACCACCAGCCACAGCUCCAGGAGUCCAGUUCCGUCAACCAUCAGCUACAGCUCCAGGAGUCCUGUUCCGUCAACCAUCAGCUACAGCUCCAGGAGUCCUGUUCCGUCAACCACCAGCCACAGCUCCAGGAGUCCAGUUCCGUCAACCAUCAGCCAUAGCUCCAGAAGUCCAGUUCCGUCGACCACCGGCACCUGUUCCAGAAGGCCUGCUCCGAAGGUCGCCUUCGCACACGCUUCCAGAAGACCAGUUCUACCGACCACAAGUACUUCGGUCAGCUGCAGCUUUAGAAACACAUAACUACCUGCCACAGGAUCUUCGGCCGCCACCUGCUGCACCAAAUGAACACUUCUGGCCAGAACCAACAAUCGUCCCGGAAAGCCAGUAUCGUCAACCUUCAGGGUCAAGGAAUGAAAUGCUUCAAGGAGAUUCAACAUCCCGAGGUUUCGGAAAUCCGGAACCAGCUGCUCGCAAUGUCGAAGAGAACGUGUGCAUCCUCAACCGAAGCCAGUUAGCAGCACGUCAGGCUGUAUCCAAGGAGUUACCGGAGUUUUACGGAAAUCCUGAAGAUUGGCCGCUGUUCUUCUCCAUGUACAACUCUUCAACGAAGAUGUGUGGCUUCUCCAACGAAGAAAACAUGCUUCGGCUUCGAAAAUGCUUGAAGGGCAAGGCUCUAGAUGCUCGAAACCAAAACUACGUGAAUGUCCAUACGAUUAAAGUAUGUGAGUGCAAUCUUGAUUCCGACGAUAACCUGCACACCGCAAUGAAGAACUACUUCACUCUAGAUAGCCUUGGAGUGGCAAAACCAGAAAAGAUUUUGCGGUCAACGGAAGAACAACGUGCCUUGGAAAUGCUCGAAAAGCUGACAAUCCCAAAAGAAGGGCGGUACGAAACGGGACUCCUCUGGAAGUACGAUGAUGUUCGCUUUCCAAGUAGCAAAGGAAUGGCUUACAGAAGAUGGCAGUGUUUAGACCGGCGCAUGAAGCGGGAUGAGGAGUUUGCAAAAACCGUGACGACGAAGAUGGAUGAAUACGUGGAUAAACGCUACGUUCGGAAGUUGUCGGAUGAUGAACUCAAUAUGCAUCAGUCUAAGGAAUGGUACUUACCCGUGUUCCCUGUUGUGAACCCCAACAAACCGGGUAAGGUACGGCUAGUCUGGGACGCAGCUGCUCCUGCUUAUGGCGUUUCACUCAAUUCGCUGUUACUCAAAGGCCCUGACCUUUUGACGUCGCUACUUGCAGUUCUCGUCCAGUUUCGUGAAUUCCGGAUCGCAAUUUGCGGGGAUAUCCGGGAGAUGUAUCUGCAAGUUCUACUGAGGCAAGAUAUUCGACUGUGCUUCUUCUGGAAGGGCGAUGAAGGCAACGCGGAUCCUAAGGUGUACAUCAUGUUGGUGUUACCGUUCGGAGUGUCGUGUGCUCCAAGCAUUGCGCAGUACGUCAAAAACACCAACGCCCAACGGUUUGAGAAGGACCAUCCCACCGCUGUUCAAGCUAUCGUCGACCAGCAUUACGUAGAUGACAUGCUUGUAAGCGUGGAAAGCGAGCAAGAAGCAGUGGACCUCGCACGGGAUGUAAAGAAAAUUCACCAUGAAGCCGGCUUUGAAAUGAGGAACUGGAUCUCAAAUAGCCCGGAUGUUUUGGAGGCGUUACAUGAACGAAAUACGGAAGAGAAGGACCUUAAUAUGGCAGAAGGAGUGAUAACCGAGAAAGUGCUCGGAAUGUGGUGGAAUACGUCCACUGAUUGUUUCACCUUCAAGGUUUCUCCACGGUACGAUCCUGAGCUAAUGUCGGGGCAGCGGACACCAACGAAGCGCGAAGUGCUCAGAACCUUGAUGAUGAUCUUCGAUCCUUUAGGACUCAUUGGCCACUUCUUGAUGUUCCUGAAGGUGGUACUGCAGGAAAUUUGGAGAACAUCCGUCGGAUGGGAUGACCCGAUCGAAGAAAAACAGUUUGAGAUGUGGAUGCAAUGGCUGAAGGUCCUUCCUGAAGUGGCAAAGGUAGAAAUCCCGCGGUGCUACAGGACGGCUACAUCUGUUGGAGGUUCCAACGAAGUACAAAUGCACAUCUUCGUCGAUGCUAGCGAGAAGGGUUUCGCGGCGGUGGUGUAUCUGCGAUUCAAGGAGGGGCCCAUCAUCGAAACUGCGCUGGUUGGAUCGAAGACUCGUGUUGCACCAAUCAAAUUUCUGUCGAUUCCGCGCUCGGAGCUUCAAGCUUGCGUUAUCGGAGUCAGGUUUGCGAACAGCAUAGCACAGUCACUGUCUAUCAAGGUGAAUAGACGCUACUUCUGGACGGAUUCCAGUGACGUCAUCAGCUGGCUCAAAUCCGAUCAUCGUCGGUAUAGCCAAUUUGUUGCUUUCCGAGUGAGUGAGAUACUAGAAGCUUCGGAAGUCUACGAGUGGCAAUGGAUCCAAACUAAAAAGAACGUUGCUGAUGAUGGCACGAAGUGGAAACGGGUGCCUGACAUGACUAGAACUAGCCGAUGGUUUAACGGACCGGAAUUUCUCAAGAACAUUGAAGGAGAAUGGCCUGUGGAACUACACAUCGAAGGACCUACUACGGAGGAACUGCGCCCACAUUUGCUCGUUCACGUCAAAUUACCGGAGCCAAUCAUUGACCUCCAAAACUGCUCUAAAUGGACUCCACUUGUCCAUCGAACUGCAUACGUGUUUCGAUUCAUCGGGAACUUGAGGACAUCCAGACCCGAAGAAAGAACUAUUGGAGUGUUGACGAGUUCAGAGCUAGCUACGGCUGAAAACUAUUUGUACCGGCUUGCUCAGGGAAGUUCUUACCCAGAUGAGGUAGCAGUACUAUCGGGCAUACGAGCGUCGGAAAACUUCACAUUAACGAUACCGAAGAACAGUUCAAUCUAUCAUCUUUGUCCGUUUCUAGACGAACAUGAUGUACUCCGCGUUCGUGGUAGAACCAUCAGUUGUCCGUUUGUUAAUCAGGAUGCGGUGAAUCCUGUUAUUCUUCCACGAGACCACCACAUCACCCGUCUCGUCAUAUCCCACUACCACAGCAAAUAUCAUCAUCAAAACCAUAACACAGUUAUCAACGAGCUGCGGCAGCGAUACAGCAUCCCUCGUCUGAAGGCUGCCUACAACAGGAUCCGUCAAUGCUGUCAGCAAUGCAAGAACGACCGUGCACGACCGCAACCACCGGCUAUGAGCGACUUGCCACUACCUCGCCUAGCUGCCUAUGCUCGUCCGUUUACUUAUAUGGGGGUGGACUACUUUGGUCCAAUUGUGAUCAUCCUUGGGCGUCGUCUCGAGAAGCGUUGGGUACUUCUCGCCACUUGUCUUACCACUCGCGCCAUCCACUUGCAAAUCGUUCAGUCAAUGACUACCGAUUCUUGUAUUAUGGCACUACGAAACGUCAUGGCUAGGAGGGGUGUACCUGCAGUCAUAUAUAGUGAUAGAGGUACGAACUUCCAGGGAGCUAGUAGGGAACUCGAAGAAGUUAUGGUGAAUUUGGAUCGAGAGCGUCUUGCAGCGGAGUUCACCACUUCACAUACUACCUGGAGCUUCAUUCCUCCCGCUUCGCCGCAUAUGGGAGGAGCGUGGGAACGACUCGUUCGAACCGUCAAACAGAACCUUGCCAAACUGAAACCCAACAGAACGCUGUCCCAUGAAGUCCUCGAAAACAUGCUUGCAGAGGUAGAGAAUAUUGUGAAUUCUCGCCCAUUAACCAGUAUUCCUCUCGAUGAUGACCAGUCACCGGUGCUAACGCCCAAUCAUUUUUUGCUGGGAUCAAGCAACGGAUUAAAACCUUGGGUUCCGUUUGACGACAGCUCAGAAGUGCUAAAAAACUGCUGGGAGCUUUCUCAAACCUUAGCCAAUCAAUUCUGGAAACAAUGGCUACACGACUAUCUUCCUUCCAGCACUCGUCGCACGAAAUGGUUUAUGGAGGUGAAACCCAUCAGAGUCAACGAUAUCGUCGUCAUCGUGGACCCGAAACUUCCUCGGAACACCUGGCCCAAAGGCCGAGUUAUUGGGAUCAAGCAGGGAUCGGACGGGCAGGUGCGAAGUGCUACUGUGCAGACUUCUGGUGGCAUCUACGAGCGACCAACUGUGAAGCUUGCCGUGCUCGACGUAGGCGUUGAAAGCAAUGCGCAUCAGGACGACCAGAAGCCCAUUCCGGGGGGGGAGUGUUGGUUGCGCUACUUUGACGAGCUCUUCAAACCCCACGCUCCCCGAACGGUCGACGUAGACAGCCGAAUCCAUCCACACCCAUCGUUCGAACAGAGGAUUGUUGGAAUACGGGACAAUAGGGAGGUUACGGCAGAAACAACAAAUGCUUUUGUUCAAAGUUUCGUCUGGCUCAUCUUGGCAUACAAAACAAUUAUUAAGAACUAA